AUUCACCCUGGAGGAAACUGAAUGCCAAGCCCAUCUUACUGUGGGCAAGAGGAUCUUUUGGUUUCUAAAAUGAAAGGAAAAACGACACCAAUAGACCACAGAAUAGCCUAUGACCUGGACAGACACUUGCAAGCCAAAGUCAGGGCCAAGGCUCUUCCUUGCAUUGUAAGACCAAACCCCGUUGGCUGAAUAGUAACAUUUCCGACAGUCCCAGUCCUGUCUCGCUCGUUUUAGAUCCCAAAGUUUAAUAGUUUGUGCAAUUCCACACAGGGCUUUAAAAAUCCAGAGAAUACCUCCCCAGCAAGGGAUCUUUGCUGAAUGAACAAGAGGAGGAAAAAUUCUGCAACUGCACGGGGCUCAAAGCCAGGGAGUGGAUUGUAAAUGCAGCGAGAUACUUGCAAACAGAGCACCCAGGACAGCAGCCCUACCCUUUCCCACUGCCAUGGAAAUACAUUGAUACAAUAGACACUGGGGGGAACACGGAGAGCAGCCCAUCCUUGGCCACUUUCGGGUUUCCUGGCGUUUGGGAUUAUAUUCUGACCUGAUUCCUGUGAUGGAGGACACCGGCGUUCAAAGGGGUAUAUGGGAUGGAGACGCCAAGGCAGUCCAGCAAUGUUUGACGGAUAUUUUCACCAGUGUUUACACCACCUGCGAUAUCCCGGAAAAUGCGAUCUUCGGCCCUUGUGUAUUGAGCCAUACUUCUUUGUAUGACAGCAUCGCUUUCAUAGCGCUUAAAUCCACUGACAAGAGAACCGUCCCUUAUAUAUUCCGGGUGGACACUUCCGCAGCAAAUGGCUCCUCCGAAGGGCUAAUGUGGCUCCGUCUGGUCCAGUCAGCCAGAGAUAAAGAAGAACAGAACCUAGAAGCUUACAUCAAAAAUGGACAAUUGUUUUAUCGGUCCCUUCGCAGGAUUGCCAAAGACGAGGAGUUAUUAGUUUGGUAUGGGAAAGAACUGACGGAAUUACUGUUGCUCACCACCGCCAGAUCCCACAGCAAGAUGAACGGGUCGCCCCCGUACGCUUGCCUGGAGUGCAGCCAGCGUUUCCAGUUCGAGUUCCCCUACGCCGCCCACCUGCGGUUCCGCUGCCCCAAGAGACUGCCCAGCUCGGAGCCCAGCCCCGCCGAGGAGCCGCGCGGCAAGGACAGCGGCAAGGAGCCGGCGGCCAGCCUGGGGCCCGGGCCCAACAAGUACAGCAAGCCCGGCGGGCCGCUCCACCCGCACUACCCCGGCCCCGCCCAGGACAGCAGCAACGCCAAACCCUCCACGGACUUCCACAACCUGGCCCGCGAGCUGGAGAACUCCCGGGCCGGCGGCAGCUCGCCCAGCCGCAGCCCGCACCCCCCGCCCGGCGCGGGCAGCAAAGCCAAGCGGAAAUACCCGGAGGAGCCGGGCGAGGAGCGGGGCCAGGGGGCCGGCAGGGGGCGCCUGCCCUCCUCCCCCAAGGAGGACCUGGUGUGCACCCCGCAGCAGCAGUACCGGCCCGCGGGCAGCUACUUCGGCCUGGAGGAGAGCGGCCGCCUCUUCGGGCCGCCCAGCCCGGAGACGGGCGAGGCCAAGCGCAGCGCCUUCGUGGAGGUGAAGAAAGCCUCGCGCGGGCUGGAGGCCGAGGCGGCGGCGGAGGAGGCGGCGGAGCAGCAGCAGCCGCAGCGCGCCUCGCCCGCCGGCGCCGGGGACCCGCUGCUGGGCGCCCGGCCGGGCGGGCCGCUCUCCGGGGGAAUAUAUAAAUAUACACGGCCAAUUGGCACUCCUAGUCUACCUAUGAUGUCCCGGUGGACUUCUUGCGGUUCGGAAUAG